GUUCCACUAACACCCGCACACACCCCCACCUCAGUGUAAGUCAAGAACAGAGUGUGAGACAAAGACAAAUCUGGCCGGAUCGAUCUACCUAAAGUAACCUCUUGCUUUGUACAGGUACUGAACUGAAGAAAACACGCAGCUCUAACAGCACCACUGGAAUUCUGAUUUAACGCAACAUGUCACAGUUCAGCACUCUUUCAGUGCGUGAGAGGAAGAUGCAGGCAGCUGCCCUUUGCCAUGAGGUCCAUGGUGGUGUCAACGGUGUUACUAUGGACCUGGGAAAGAAACUUUCCACCCCAAAAGACAUCAUGCUGGAGGAACUUUCCCUCUUGUCAAACCGUGGAUCACGUCUUUUUAAAAUGCGACAACGGAGGUCAGACAAAUACACCUUUGAAAGCAUUCAGAAUGAAGCCAAUGCGCUUUUUAAUAAUGAAAAUCAAGCUAAUGCUGAAAACUCAGAAAACAAAGGAGUUGCAUCAAAAACUCCACCAAAUACACCAGAUCCCAGAAACCCAGCGAACCCUGAGGACAUUGCACCAGGAUAUGGAGGUCCUUUGACAAACAUUCCUCCAGAGAGGUUUAAUGCCACAGCUAUGCCCAAAUCCUACCACUCCCCCUGGGAAGAGGCCAUCAUCAAUGACCCCACACUGGCUGACACACUUAAAGUUCACAUGCCAGUGCCUGAACCGAAAGUAGAGCUGCCUGACUACAAAAGCUUUAAUAGGGUUGCUACACCAUUUGGCGGUUUCGAAAAAGCUCCACGAGGAAUCACCUUUAAGCUUCCAGAGAUGGACUUGAAUACUCCUCAAUACCCUGAGCUUCAGGAUCAUUCAGCCAAGCGGCCCACUUUCAACAGGACAGCCCAGGGGUGGAUCUCUGAAGGCACACCUUUAAUUUUACCCACCGUCUCUCUGGAGCCUUUUGAGAUCCCUGAGUCUGAUGAUCUGUAACACCAGUCCAACCCCAAACCCACUGAGCCUGAUGGAAGUUUAAGGCUUUUGUAGAUGUCCCCCAUGUUAGCGUCUGAUAACAGCCCAGUGUCAUGUUUUAUCAGUAAAUAUUGAACUUCUGUUCUUGGGACUAGUAUUUUCACAUAUCAUUUUUUAAUGGAUGCCAAAUCAAAGAAAAAAUGGAUAUCUAACAAGACAGUAUCAAAUGAGCAGCAGGAAAUGAAUCAUUUUUAGUAUCCAUCACAGCAUUACAAGUAUUAUUUACUGUAAUUUAUUGAUAUAUCCAAGGUGUUGAUUUUAAUGCUGUGCAUGGUUAUACUGUGAAACAGUUUUCUAAGGUUGCAUUCAUCUUUAUUAGUAAGUUUCAUUUAGUACAGCAUAAGAUAAUAGCUUGUUUUGCUCACAUAAACAAUCUUUGUAGUGUAAACAGCAACUCUUUGUCUAAAAGUAAAAUUAUUCAUUUUAAUCCUGUAAUUAAAUCUAAUCUAAUUUAAUCAGGGAUGAAUCAAUGGAGGAAACAGCCAUGUAAAUAUAAUUUGUUGAGUGCCUGAAAUAUUGUUUUUACUGUUAAAAAAAUACUACUAUAGAUUUCUGUCUGAAACAUUACAUUCACUGUGUUAGAACUUGUACUGUAGCUUAUAGAAAUUAGUGUACCCAAACUGUGCAAAUAAAAUGAUGAAUUAUUUGAUUCUA